CAUCGUCGCUGGGUUUCAGGAAUUGCGACAUCGAUCUGGCUCACCUCUGGCCGGUUAGCUGGGUCUAGCCGCGAUCGCCUUCCCCAUCCGGCAUGCCGUUGGGUACGGUAUGCACAUACGCAGUAGCAGAUGUCCUGAACAUACGUGCUGAGAUCAUGUGUGCGUACACACCUCUCAAACCUGUGAGUACACGCCAAUACCAGACGGGCUUAGGAGACGCCGGAGGCGGAGGCGAAGAAGGCCCAAGUACCUACCUACGCAGGCCGGCGGGGGGUGAGGGGGAGGUGUUGAGGAGGAGAAAGGGGGAGGCCUCGAGAUCAAGCAAGUACCCGAAGGUCGCCGUUUUUUCUUGCUACGCCGACCGAAUCAUCAUAUCAGGAACUUGUGACAGUCGGCUGAUCUCGGUAUCGAUUCCUCGAGCGCGGAAUCUCAUUAAGCAACCCUGGGCGAUGACAGAAUUAUCACUAAGAUAUUUCAUUGCCUCUGCGCCUCUGCCUCCCUGCAUCGUCAGCCAGCAUCCGAUGUACUUGCACGCCCGCACUUACGCGCAUGUUGCAUCCAUACGCUACGUAAGCUACCUGAGCUGCCGUCGACCUCCCAAUACCACAUGGCUGCCAAGUCUACCCACCUGUCUACCCCUACUACGACCUACACACAUGUCCAUCCCCGCCACCGAAAGACGUCAGAGCGUCGGGAGGGAAAGGGAGGGAAAAAAGUGCGGGUGGGUUGGAGGGAAGGGAAAGAAGAGAGAGGGAAAAGGGGCGGGACACAGCCGGAAUCGAUCGGUGUGCCCAACGUUGCCACGUACAGGGCGUAGUGUAGAUCGGGGCUUGGUCCCUGACGGCGCCAGCGAAGGAUGGUGGACGGCCUCACCACCUAUCGAAUCCGUACACGACCUAGGAGGCGACCCCGCCGUAGGGACCCUCUCUCUGUCUUUCCUCCUCCCCUCCCUCCUGCGCCAGGGCCGCGUUCCGUAGCUGAGAGGAUGUUAUGUAUGUAUUCGCUGUAAGUCGGCGGGGGGGGGGGAGAGGCUAUACAGAUAUAGGUAGUAGAUAAUAGGUAAUUCGAACUGUUCCGGUCAGCUAGUGUGGGGACGGUACAUACACCGGUACUUCUCGCA